CAAAGCUACAUGGGAAUGACUCAGGACUUUUACAAAAUGGCGGCCUACCACUCGUGUUCUCUGUCAAACUUUGAUGGACCUUUAUGGAGUAAUGGCCCCAGUCCUGGUGGGUUUUACCAUUUCCCAGGCGGUCAGAGCCAUUCUCACGUUGAACCUGUAAAACGAACUAUGUACCCUACGACUACUGGUACAUCUGUACUUGGCAUUAAGUUCAAUGGUGGAGUUCUUAUGGCUGCUGAUACACUCGGUUCCUAUGGUUCUCUUGCUAGAUAUCGCAACAUUUCACGUUUAAUGAGAGUAAAUGAGAACACAAUUAUCGGCGCUGCUGGUGACUAUGCUGACUUUCAGUACAUCAAGUCGGUUUUGGAGCAAAAAGUAAUUGAUGAUGCUUGUCUUGCUGAUGGCCAUGGCUACACUCCUAAGUCCAUCUUCUCUUGGCUCACUAGGACCAUGUAUUACAGGAGAACAAAAUUUGAUCCUCUCUGGAACCAGAUCAUUGUUGGUGGCAUUGAAAAAGGAGAAAGUUUCUUGGGUUUUGUUGACAAGAUUGGCAUUGCAUAUGAAGCACCAACCCUUGCCUCUGGAUUUGGAGCUUAUUUGGCCCAGCCUCUUCUGCGUGACGCAUAUGAGAAAAUCCCUAACAUGAGUGAAGAAGAGGCCAGGAAAUUACUUGUCGAGUGUCUCAAAGUGCUGUUCUACAGAGAUGGGCGCUCACUCAACAGGUUUGAAAUUGCUGUGAUCACCAAGGACGGAACCAAAGUAGAAGAAGCUCAGUCUGCUGAUACCAACUGGAGCAUUGCGCCUAUGGUCAAGGGCUACGAAUGAAGACUUACUGAUUAAUAUUCUGUGAACUCUUCGUAAUAAAUUGAUUCCUAACUGCUAUGAAUGGACUUCUGGCUUCUGUCAUUCAAAUUCUAAAUUCUAAACAGAAUUACAUUCACACUGUUUGAUUGACCAACUUUUGAAAUUCCUCUCUAAGGCAAAACAUGGCAAAUAAACACCCCCUUUAUGUAAGUAUGUUGUUUAUGACCUGAUCCUAAUAGUUAUGUGCUAGUACCUACAAGAAUAACAAAAUUGAUCGACAGAAGACCACAUUUUGGAAGUUGAACAAUGAUGUAAGACUUCUCAGAAUAUUGAAAACUGCAACUUCUCUUAAUCUAUUUCAAAUAAAUAUAAGUGUUUGAA